AUUUUGAAGACGUACAAACUGGGGAGAGAGACGCGCUGACGUCGUUUCUUGCGGCACUCAGCCAAGCCAACCUCUACCUUUCAAUCGUAAAACUGCAAAACUGCUGGUGUACCGCCGUGAACAAUCCACCGAGGGGAGUUGCCUCGCUAGCACCAGUGGUUCCAAUCUGGUUCUUCUCCACCCUGGGAAGCUUCUGUAGCCAAAUCACGCAUGGAACGACGUUGCUGGAGUAGAAAUGCAGAGGCGCACUUUCAUCCCACAACAAGAACCAUGCCCAUAUUGCACUGCAAGCAGACCCAUGACACUCUUUCAUCUCAUACGACUUUGAUAUGAGUGACAUUGUCUGGGAUACCAACGAGGAGUGAAGACUCUUUUUACCCGGACGGUGUGAUCCCAAAGGACGGUGGGUCCACUGCAGACGUUCCUGUACCGUCAACCUCUGCAUUCAGGAUUUUUUUGAUGGAGCUGGAGAAUAUAGUGGCCAACACUGUACUGCUUAAAGCCCGAGAGGGUGGAGGAGGAAAGCGGAAAGGAAGAAGCAAAAAAUGGAAGGAGAUCCUUCGCUUCCCCCACAUAAGUCAGUGCACUGAGCUGGGCAACAGCAUCGUUGAGAAGGACUAUGUCAGUAUAUGUGAGAAGCAACCUAUUGGAAGGCAACUCUUCCGUCUUUACUGUGAGACCAGGCCCAAACUGCAACGCUGCAUCCAGCUCCUGGACGCAAUGGAGGAUUAUGAGGUGACGCCUGAUGAAAAAAGAAAAAGCAGAGGGGACCAGAUUAUCAAGACUUUUCUUUCUAAACAAUCACUUCAACGAGUCGACAUAGUGGAGGUCUUUGCAGAUCAGUGCAGAGAGAACCUGGAGCUCAGUCCAUGUAAGGAGAUCUUCAGCAACUGCCGCAAGGCCGUCCACGAUUACCUGAGCGGCGCUCCAUUCGCAGACUUUGAGAAUAGCAUGUACUUUGACCGCUUCCUGCAAUGGAAGAUGCUGGAGAGGCAACCAAUCACUAAAGAUACUUUCAGACAGUACAGAGUGCUCGGGAAGGGAGGAUUUGGAGAGGUAUGCGCCUGCCAAGUUCGAGCAACAGGAAAGAUGUAUGCCUGCAAAAAGCUGGAGAAGAAGAGGAUCAAGAAGAGGAAAGGAGAGUCAAUGGCACUCAAUGAAAAGCAGAUCCUAGAGAAAGUUAACAGUAGAUUUGUUGUGAGCUUAGCGUAUGCGUACGAGACCAAAGACGCUCUGUGUCUAGUGCUGACGAUCAUGAAUGGAGGAGACCUCAAGUUCCACAUUUACAAUAUGGGCACACCGGGUUUUGAGAAAGACAGGGUCCAGUUUUAUGCUGCUCAGAUCUGCUGUGGUCUCAGGCAUCUCCACAGGGAAUCUAUUGUCUACAGAGAUUUAAAGCCAGAGAACAUUCUACUGGACGACAAUGGACACAUCCGUAUUUCUGACCUGGGCCUUGCCAUAAAAGUGCCUGAAGGGGAGCUAAUCAGAGGAAGAGUGGGGACAGUCGGCUACAUGGCUCCAGAGGUGAUCAACAAUGAAAAGUACGGGAUGAGUCCUGAUUGGUGGGGGUUGGGCUGCCUCAUAUACGAGAUGACGGCCGGGCGAUCGCCCUUCCGUGCCCGUAAAGAGCGUGUGAAGCGGGAGGAGGUGGAGAGGAGGGUGCAGGAGGAAGAGGAGGAGUACAAUGACAAGUUUACAGAGGACACCAAGGACAUCUGUAGAAGGCUGCUCACCAAAGACCCAAAGCAGAGGCUUGACUGCCAGGGUGACAGAGCGCCAGGCGUCAAGGCCCACUCCUUCUUCAAAAACAUCAACUUCAAAAGGCUAGAGGCUGGAAUAGUGGAGCCUCCGUUUGUGCCUGAUCCUCGGGCAGUGUACUGUAAGGACGUGCUGGACAUUGAGCAGUUCUCCACAGUCAAGGGAGUGAAUUUGGACCAAACUGACAAUGACUUCUACUCCAAAUUUGCUACAGGCAGUGUUUCCAUCCCAUGGCAGAAUGAGAUGAUCGAAACAGAGUGUUUCAGAGAUUUGAACGUGUUCGGCCCUCAAGGGGCAAGACCUCCAGAUCUUGACUGGAGUCAACCGCCAGAGCCCCCAAGACGCAGCUUGCUCGACAGGAUCUUCAGGAGGCACCACCCAGAGGUGCCUAUUUCCCACAGCCGUGUGCAGUCUUCCAGCGUAAACUCUGUGGACUCCAUGUCCAACUCUGCCCCCUAGUGGUGCAGUGACAGCGUGGGAGCCAUACACAAAGUGAAGGAGCUUAGAGGGCUUUUCUGCUGCUGAUUGGUUCAGAGCUAGAGCCUGAGGCAGCCAGUCUAAAGUCUAACCGGCCAGCCCAUAAUGGGGGAUUGACCGGGCCCAGAGACCCGGGCCAUUUUUUUUUAGUGAGAUGUUCAUAGACAUCUGGAAAUAUUUGGACAAACCCUCUUAUCCUCAGGAUUGUUGGACUACAGAAUGGAGCAACUCACGCUGAUGGAAGCGUUGAUGAAAGGACAGAAAACAAGCAUAUUCAGGGCAUCUACAGUAUAAUAAAGACCCAUCACACGAAACAGAGAAGUGGGUCGCAGUGAUGUUUCUUUUUCUUUUCUCCCAAAAAGUUCUGGCCUGUAUCAUGUACCAAUAGUCACCAUCUGUAUAUCACUCAUGAUACCUUCUUUGUGUUUCCUCCUGUCUUACCUCAAAUCACUCCUAAACAUUCAGAACAGACGGCCUCAUUUGUGACCUCAGCACAUAAUGGACAUCGCCUCGCGUACACUCAGGCCAAAGAUUACAGUUAAUUUUUAUGAUACUGUCGUCAUGUUUAGUUAGUGUUCUGAAGUCGUCAUUUAGAACCACCUGGAAUAGUUAUGUGCUCAGAUGAAUACACACAUUCUCCAUAUAUGAGCCUGCAGGCGCGAUGCUAUAGUUCACAUACAGACACGUGUCGGACAGCAUUGUGAGAAUGGUGUUGUGUUGUCAUUGCAUGGACAGAGUAUACGUAAGUACGGACAGCUGUAUCCCUUUGCUUCUGCAUACCUCAUUCCACUGAUGUUAUUGUAUAUCAAGCAACAUGGACGUCUCCCUCAGUUUACAGUGUCAUUUUAUAUUUGACAAAAAAUACUAUGCUGUAUAGCAGUGGUUCCCAAAGUGUGGUACGCAUACCCCCAGGGAUACGUCAAUUGCCAUAGGGGGUACGUGAAUAAAAGUACACUCACAAUUACUAGUGCGCCUGAACGCCUCACAGUGAGUGGCAAGUUGUUCCUUGCUCUGUGUGCACCAUAUCAACAAAUAAGUAAGUUUGAAUGAUUACUUUGUGCUUUAUGAGUGGUUCAUCAUUUAUAUUGGCGUUCCGAUUAACCCCCACACUGUAGCACCGUGAGUGGAGAUUCACCCGAAAAUGAGGCUUUAUUGUUAGUUGUAUAAAUUUCAGAUACUAUUAAGACAGGGUAGUGGUUUUUUUAGAGUUAGGACAUUAUGGACAGAUUCCAGUCAGAUAAUGGACACUUCAUACUCAACCAGCAGGAUCAAAACUAGCAAACUGCUGUCAGUGCUGCUCCAGCUUUUUCUAAAAUGGUGCAUUCAUGGGUAUCACAUAACUCCUCGGACACAAGUUGACACUUUUGUGUAGGUGAUAGACAAUGUUACUAAAUGUUGCACUUAUAACGGACAUCAAUGUUAAAGAAGCAUUUGGACGGAUACUGUUUUAUUAUGAUUGUUAAACUUUCCCCUUCAAUUUUAGUAUGAAAUGAAUAUGCAGACUUAAACCGUAGCCAUUCUGGUUGGAGAAAAAAGUGAAGCUCAAAUUAAGUCUAUUCAAAGGGAAGGAUGCCAACAUCAGAGUGGAAUAAAAGGCAUGUGAGAUGCUAAUUAUUUUUUUUAUCUCAUGUCAAACUUUAUCCUAAUGUCACCAUGCAAAAUACCCCUUUUCACUUGGAAUUACUAUAAAAUGAAUGAACCAUUUAAUUAUGUUCAAUAUUUCAAGUUAAUUAACAUAAGGUUUAUGUUUCUUAAGUGUGCAGGAGUCGGGGGUACAUGGCUUCACGUCAAGUAUCUGAAGGGGUACGUGACUAAAAAGUUUGGGAACCACUGCUGUACAGAAUUCUUUUCUGCACAGUCCCCAUGAAGUUGAAGAGGAACACAUGCACAUAGUCUGACUUAAAUGUUGCACAAUUUAAUAUGUCAUGCUGUUUUUUUGGUCGCCAAAAUGAAAAAGUUUUACCUCUUAUUAAGGCACAUUAUAAUAUUAGUAUUGCCAUGCAUUGUAUGUUUUCUACAGCUGUAUUUCAACAUCUGAAAUAUAAGUGUUCUUGCUCCCUUUAUGCCUUUUCCAUUUCAAUAAUAUUGCUGCAUAAUUGUUACAUGUACUGGUUUUUAUAUUUUGCUCCUUGAUAAUUUUUAAAAUGCCUCAUGUUGUCGAAAGGUCCUUCCUCUUCUUAUAUUUCAAAGACAAAGAGGAUUUUCACGAUGAAUGGUUGAUAUUAUCUGCAUUUUUAUUUAUCUGUUCCACUUCAUUUACGUCCAGAAGAGUAAGACGCUGGAAGAAACUUAAAACACAACUCACAAAGAUAAAGUGGCCUUCCUGCAGCAGCAAAGCCAGUUCAAAAGGACAAGCAUCACCUUGUCGUAUUGUGUUUUAAGAAUGUUAUUGUGUUUUUUGUUUUAUUUUGAAUGUCUGUGAAGAAAUUUAUUUUACCCAUACCGCAGGCCUGACCCCCCCACUAGCUAUGUCAUAUAAAAACAAGAAAAAUCAGACUGAAGUGCCUCGUAUGCAUAAUCUCCCCGACAAUACCCAUCAACACUUUGUGUUCCUCUGACUGUCACUCAUUCGCUGGGGAACAUUGGUUAAAUAGUCAAAUUACAGAAGCAGAUAGGAAGUUUGUGUGGUGACGGAGGUGUGCUGAGUGCAUGUGAAAGCCAAGCCCAUUGUGUCUUGUCAUGUCCCAAUAAAAUUUGUGCUUUAGUUUGAGUACUCUCCUGUAUGCCCGUCUCUUCACUUG